AUGGAGCAGGAAAUGAAGGAGAGAAAGAGAAGUGAGAUAAGGGAAGGUGACCAAGAGAAAUGGGUGUAUAAUUCAUCUGUGGAUCACAAGGGAAAGGUUCCUCUUCGAGCUUCGACCGGUGUAUGGAUUGCUGCACUCUUCAUUAUAACGAUCGAGGUCAGCGAGAGACUAAGCUUUUUCGGACUGUCAACAAAUCUUAUCACAUACCUCACAAAAGUAAUCCAGCAGGACCUAAAAACAGCAGCAAAGAAUGUCAAUUACUGGUCUGGAGUGACCACGAUGAUGCCUUUGAUUGGAGGGUUCAUAGCCGACGCCUACACUGGCCGAUUUGCUAUGAUUUUGAUUUCAUCUGCCAUAUACAUUAUGGGUCUAGGCCUAUUGACAAUGUCUCGUUUCAUCCCAAGCCUAAAACCCUGUGCCACAGAUUCAUGCCACAGCCCAAGGUUCAUGAAGUGA